AUGCCAUAUAAGCUUAAAAAGACAGACGAAGACGAGAGCGAUGAAAACUGUACGGAGCGCUCCAUCGAUGAGUUUCCCGGAAAUUUCCUGUCUCUAGAGCAGACUCAGGCAGGGGGCGUGGUCGUUCACAUACUACUGGUACUUUACACUCUUGCUGCCCUCUCUAUCGUCUGUGAUGAUUAUUUUUGCGCCUCCUUAAAGGUCAUUUGUGAUGGUGUGUUCAUAGCAGAGAGUGAUAUUGGGGUUGGAACUAUUGUGGGAACAGCCGUAUUUAACAUUCUGUUUGUGGUUGCAAUUUGUGGCCUUUUUGCUGGCAUGGUAGUACACCUGACCUGGUACCCCGUUCUCCGUGACUGUGUCUUCUACGGUAUAUCUGUAGCAGUACUUAUCAUUUGUAUGUAUGACAAUCAGAUUCAUUGGUAUGAGAGUCUUAUAUUAUCUCUAAUGUAUGUAAUAUACAUAUUGAUGAUGGUCUUUAACUCGAGGCUGGAAAAUAUAUUCUACGGAAUAUUCAAAUCAAUGACUAAGGGAAACCUAGAGCAAGGUCAAACGAAACAACCGGGAGUGGGAGACAGUCAAAUUCAAUUGACUUCCGUUACAAAAACUAAUGGAAAUAUGGGGGUUGGGAAUCCUACCACCGAUCAGCUGGAAGAGAAGAAAACUGAGUCCCAAGCACCAGAAAAAGAAACAAAUUCAGUUGAAAUUGAAUUUAGCGAAAAUUCAGCAAAAGAGAAUGAGUCUCCUUUUGAUAUGCCAAACACAUGGAUUUUGCGUGUGUUCUGGGUUUUAAUGCUUCCAAUGACGACACUAUUCUACAUCACAAUACCAGACUGCAGACGACAAGGAAAAUGGCGGAAAACCUACCCCUUGACCUUCCUUAUGUCAAUCUCAUGGCUGGGUGCUAUUUCUUAUGUACUGGUUUGGAUGGCAACAAUAGCAGGAGAUGCUAUAGGAAUCCCCGAGUCGGUGAUGGGUCUGACUAUUUUAGCGGCGGGUGAGAGCGUGCAAGACGCUCUAGCUAGUUUAUUUGUUGCCAGAGCAGGUUUCGGAGACAUGGCAAUAGCAAAUUCUAUAGGAAGCAAUGUGUUUGACGUGUUGAUGUGUUUGGGGUUACCAUGGUUACUGAUGUCCGCCAUUUCUAGUGGUUCUGCGGUGAAAAUAAACAGCCGUGGGCUAAUCUACUCAACUAUUACUGUUCUUUUGAGUAUUGUAUUACUCAUUGUUGCCAUAGUGAUAAGUCGGUGUCGUCUUGACAAGAAGCUAGGCGCCAUUUGUACAGUUUUGUUUCUUGUAGUAAUUACAUUGUCUUGUUUGUACGAAACUAAUAUAAUUGGAAAUUUCGGUGUUACUAACUAUUGUCCAAGGGAGUGAUACUUUAUUACUAUCAU